GUAACACAUUUACGCGUCACACCGUCGCAGUGACCAAUGCGCGAGCCCUGCUAAACAUUCUGUACACACAGAUUAGCGUAGCCUAGCUUAGCUUAGUCACUUCGCUAGAAUAUGCGAAUUAAAGAGAGGAGGCAGUAAAUGUGUACAGUUUGAUCUGGACUGCACUGGGGACCGCAGCGGGGGAGAAGAAAAAUGGCUGGAAUUAUUAAAAAACAAAUCCUGAAACAUUUAUCCAGGUUUACAAAGAACCUCUCUCCGGAUAAGAUCAACCUGAGCACGCUGAAGGGAGAAGGUCAGCUCUCCAACCUGGAACUGGACGAGGAGGUUCUGCAGAACAUGCUGGAUCUGCCCACGUGGCUCUCCAUCAGCCGCGUCUACUGCAACAAAGCCGCCAUCAGAAUCCAGUGGACGAAAUUAAAGACAAGCCCCAUAUGCCUGUUUCUUGACAAGGUGGAAGUAGAGAUGAUGACAUGUGAGGAGCCUCGCCCUCCUAACGGUCCUUCCCCCAUUGCCAUCACCGCAGGUCAAAGCGAGUACGGCUUUGCAGAGAAGGUUGUGGAGGGCAUGUCAGUCAUCAUUAACUCCAUCGUUAUUAAAGUGAAGUCCAGAGCGUUUCACGCCUCCUUCGAGCUCUGGCAGCUUCAGGGCUUCAGUCUGAACCCUAAGUGGCAGAAGACUGACCUCCGAUACACUCGGAUCACACACCCUAAGAGAGGAGAGGUGCUGACCUUUAAAGAAAUUAACUGGCAGAGUUUGCGUAUCGAGGCAGACGCUAUAAAGAGCGAGGACCAGGAUUUGGGAAGCACACCGCUACGUCUCAUCACCAACCAGGGUCGCAUCCGCAUCGCUCUUAAACGCAGGGUAAAGGACUGUAAUGUUCUGGCAUCAAAGCUGCUCUUCAUCCUGGAUGACCUGCUGUGGGUUCUGACCGACUCGCAGCUUAAAGCCGUUAUCCAUUACGCUAAAUCUCUGAGCGAGGCCAUGGAGAAAUCCGCACAGCAGAGGAAGAGCAUGGAGACAGCCCCCACCUCACCUGGACCCCGUCCACCCUGGCCAGAGCCACACCCAGCCCCUGUGGCCACGCCCAACACUUUAGCAGAGUAUUUCGACCUUUAUGAUGUGAAAGAGUCGUCGUAUCACACAUUUAUUUCUCGCCUUGACCUGCACAUCUGCAACGACAGCUCAUCACCAGAAACAGACGAACCACCUAUUCCAGGCUCCCAGGGUGCAAUGCAGCUGACCUUUCGUAAACUGGGUUUCGAUUAUUACCCCUUCCACAGACCAAGUGAUGGCUGUCGUCAUUGGGAGCGUUACUGCAGCGCUUUGGACUCUCGAACUCAGUGGGCAUCGAAACUGCUACAGGAUUUUCAGAAAAAACUGGAGAGCUCAUUAUUUCCCCAGCCUUCAUCGGAACCUUGUGAACCCAACACACAGUCUCCAGCCAAAAAAAUACACGGAGAUGGAGAGUCUGUAACAGUAACAAACGCUGACGAAAGUUUAGCUUUAAAGAAACUCCGCUCCAGCUGCAUGGUGAUCCGUGUGGACGAUCUGGACAUCCAUCAGGUGUCCACCGGGGGGCGUCACAGCAAGAAAACCCAGUCGCUUUUAUCGUGUAACCGCAAAGUGCUGAACAUGGCAGAGAACACUCCCGCGAUCCACCUGCAGUUUACCGAGUAUUACUUCCCUCACAGUGCCGGAGGACCGGUACCAUGCUCUAAUCUGUACGGGCAGCUGAACGGUCUGCAGCUGUGUGUUGAUGCUGCGAGCGUGUUGUGGAUGUAUGCGUUUUGUCGUGGCUUGCUGACGACUCUGGAGCAGGUGAAGGCCUUUUAUCACCUGCAGGACAGCAGCAAGAGUGACGAACACGUGGACGUCAGAGUGGACGCUUCACAGCUGAAGCUGAUUGUUCCUCUCGACUCGUCCAUCUUGGAGCACCCCGAUCGUCCACAUUCUCUGGGUUUCACUCUGUCUCAGGCAUUUCUGAGCAACACCAAUCACUCUCCUCACUCGUCGUUCUCCGAUCUCGAGUCCACGUUCUCUUCUUUUUCCUCUCAGCCGUUUUUCCGACCCUCACCAGGCUCUCCUUUUCCUCGUGACCGCAACACCUUGCACCCUCUUCCUCCGGCGUUUCUAAAGUCCGACCCGUCGCUCUUACUUUCACGUUCAUCUUCGCAAGACGUCUGGAGUCUAAGUCUGUCCAGAGCUGCAGGGUAUUUUGAAGGCGCUCGGCGAGGAGGCAAAGCGCCGCCGUUCAUGGAGCCGUUUGCUGCGUGUGUAUGGAUGUGCCGACCGCAAGCUUUAACGAGGUCGAUUAAUCAGGACGGAUCGUUAACCGAUGCAGGAAAUGGGACGGCAAAACCGUCCAAUCACGACACUCCAUCAGCAUCCUUCCACUUCCUGGUUCAAUCCAUCACUCCAAUCCGAAUGUGGCUCAGUCAUUAUCAGUAUGUUGCUCUUCUCCGGAUGAAGGAUUACCUCGCUAGGUUAGCCUCUGACCUCAAUCGCUUUCCGAGUGCAAAAACGAAAACGCAGGCUUCACCAUCGGUGUGUGUAUCACUCCUGUUAGAGUCGCUGGAGCUCGGUUUGCUUCUUCCGCCCGUCAUCGAGAAAACAGAAGAAGCAGAAGCGCCAGAGGAAACGGACACACCAAGCCUGACAGACUCUGAUCUCUCGCCGUCGCGCCCAGACAGCGGGAUUGUUGGAAGCACUGAAAAAGCGUUAGAGCAGGAGGAGGAGGUGUGUGAUGGAGCCGGAGAGGGGCCUGUAGAGGAGGCAUGCGAGGCUAUUGAAGAGGGAUUGGACGAAGGGAAAAGGCAGGGAGGCGAUUCGCAGUUCGCACCAUUAGUCGCCUCAGCAUCACUGUCUCCCGCUACAGUGCAGAAUCAGAACACUUCCAUGGUCAGCCUGGAGGGGGAGCUGUCCAACGCACUCAGUGUGACCAAAGACGUCACUAAAGAUGCCCUCAGCGCUUCCCUGGACCUCACCAAGGGGGCUCUGUCCAUCACUAAAGACGCUUUCAGCAUCCUGAGCCGCGGCUCUGCCAUGAGCAAAAUAUUCAGCACUCAGAGCAAAGAACCAGACGAUUCUGCUCUGCGUCUGCCGCCCCUUAAACACUCGUUUUCCCAGAAUUCCUGUGACAGUGUUGUCAUGGACACCAGCACCGUUGACGACAGACUCUCACUGGACAGCGACACCAGUGAAAACUUCAUCAUCUUCACAGACUCGGAUUCCGCUCGUCCUAACGGCACUCCCAUCCACUCUGUGAGAACAGACGGAGGAUCAUCUGCUGAUCUGAGCAGCUCUUUGUCUCACAGCUCUGACAACAUGUCUCAGGAUAUGGUGUUUGUGCUGCUGCUGUCUCUGCGUGCUGUUCGCUCUCUGAUGCAGCUCCAUGAGCAGGACGCAGUGGUGGCGACGGAGGUUCAGUCUGUUACGCCAGAGCAGCUGGGAAACCAGCGAAUGGUGGACCUGCAAACGUUCACACAUUGUGCUUCCUCUCCACCGAUGUCCCCUGUGUCCCGCCCCCCAGUGCUGUGCGUCAGGGUGGAGGCGGGGCCAGGGGCAGGGCGUCACUGCCGCACGGCGGAGAGUGCAGGUUUCGUAGAGGUGUGUGUGCGCGGGUGCGAGGCCGAGCUGCUCACAUCGACAAUAAACACACUCGGCCCGUUCAUGGAAGACGAGCUGAACUCGGACGCCCAGCCAAUCAGAAUCACCGUGCACAACACCCGCAUUACGCUCAAGGAUGACGGUCCCCGUGUGUAUCCCACCGCCCCCCAGCCUCUUCCUGUCUCCUUUGUCUUAGAUGGUGUAGUUCUGGAGCGACUGGACGAUGCAAUGCUUACAGUCAGACCCACCGCCAGCCAAUCAGGAAACAAAGCCUGUUGUCAACCCGAAGGAGAUGACAAGACCCAGGCUCUACAGUCUGAGCUUUCUGACGUUCACUCCGCACUCUCCGCUGCCAUCUCCGAUCGAGAACGUCUCUUAGAAGAAAUCCGCAAAUACGACCCGUCCUUCGUGCUAUGACCUCACACCACUACUGGGCAAAGGUCAAAAGUCAUAGUUCGAUUGUAGAACUUUGUGUGUGUGUGUGUGGAAAGCUUGUUAUUUAUGUACUCUUCCUGCUCUACUGAUAACCAGGUGCCAUGAAGAGUUUUACUUCCUGAUACUUGUUUACUUCCUGUUACUUAGUAACUGGUUCAGUGUUAACGCUUUUAUUUUUUAUUGUAUUUUUUUUUUUAAUAUUAUUUUGUUGUUAAUAGACCGGUACAGUUAGUAUAGGCUGCUAAUGAGAUACAUCACUGGUGUGUGUGUGUGUGUGUGUGUGUGUGCGUGCGUGUGCGCGUGAGGUGAAAAUGUGUGUGAGGUACAUCAGUUGUAUGUGUAAAUUCAGUUGUAGGUAUUUGUAUAAUACACACACACACACACACACACACACACACACACACAGAGUCAACUCUUUACAUGUGCCAAUUUAAAAAAUGCCACAAAAUAUUUCUCAUCGAUUUCAAGUAAAAUUCACUUUAUUUUUUUUUACACAUACAUCCCACAGUGGACUUCUUUCUCUAAUACCCUCAAGUGCGGUGUGCAACGUGGAGGGGUUUUUGUGCUAAUUAGAACACAACCAUAAACGCUAGACCCUUCUAGACCACAGUAGUGCUGCUGUGUGUGUGUGUGUGUGUGUGGUUAAUACCAAGGUGUAUCACUAAUCACUAACCAGUGCAUGUAUGGGUUAUUUUUAGUGUUUAUUUAAUUAUUUUUUUUUAAAUAAUGUUUUGGUACCAGCUGUGUGAGUGUGUGUGUGUGUGUGAGAGAGGGAUUUGUUCUAAGUUAUAAUUUUUUACAACUUGAUUUGCACAAACCUGAAAAUGUGAUGUGCGAGGUGUUGGUGUGAUCUGCAUGCUCGACUCUCUCUACCUUAGCUGCGUAGGAUCAAGCGUAAAGGUGUUUAAGCGUCUGUUUGAUUUGAGCUACUUGUGGCCCGGUAUGUGAUUAUCGCGGCGGAAGGUAGGAGCAGAUUGUGGUGUGUAAAUAAGUUUACUUUAUUAUUUGUUUGUAAGGCAGAAAGGCAGAAAACUAGCCGCGUGGUCUUAUUUUAAUAAGAUUCUGCGUUCCAGCCAAACGUCGCCUCAUCAUCCUGGAUUAGUUUCGAGGUACUUCCUGUUAUCCGUUAUGUUACCGUAGCUAUAAACAGCCAAAUCUCUCUUGAAGUUAAUGCGCCAAAAAAACAGCUCUUCACGUUACUAAGAAUCCCAAACGUUUCCUACGCCGGGAAUCUCGCUGACGCUUACAGAGUAGACUGACACGCUGACACCGGAGACUCCUUUUUUUUUUUCUUUACACUUCAAACAAAACACAAAACGUCACCAUUGUUAGUUUUAAUCCAGUUAUUUUCAGUCUUAUAUUAUUGUGGCUCCUCGUCCACGCAAGUCGCUGUGUAUUCGCUGUUGCUAUAGAAACGAUAUUCGUAGUAUGGAUAUAAGUAUAGAUACUAUACUAUACUGUAUGUUGUUAUUGUAAAACUAGCAGUUAUGUUACAGCGGGAACUUCAGAGCUGCUUCAAUAGAAAAUUUAUCAUCAUCUGUGGAAUUCGGGUAUAAUUUCCGACACGAUGUCCGACAGAUUCAGCGUUUAUUCGCUUUAAUUACAAAUCCGUUAAAUUACUCAAAAGACCGGCGUUUGCUGACCCCACGACCUUAACCAGGACAUUGAAACCAUUUCACCGUAUCACGCGUCCUUGAUUUAUUUAGGGAACAUUGUAAAGAGCUGGAAGUCCCAUCACUACAGUUACUCACUUUACUGUCUCCGUGUCACGAGAGUGAAAAUGUUCUUAAUCAGGGCUUCCAGCUUGUUUUAAGAAACACAUCAGUCCACUCAGUCCAAUGUCGACUGAACCAGACCCCCCAAAAUACUUAAUGUAUAUAUACUUCACACAUACGUACGUCAAACUUAGUAAUUAUGUUGGCUUUGUAGAAGCCAACAUUCUGUUUUAAUAUUUAAGCUUAGACAAAAAUGUAUCAAGAGUAACUCCUCCUAGGGCUUUCGAGCCACAUGCACCAAAUUUGGAUAUGUUGUAGAUCCUGGUCUGAAGUUUGUCCUGGUCUGUUGUUUUUCUAAGCGAUCCGAGUACCGGUACUACCGGUACCGGGUCUCAAAGUGGCCUUUUUUCCCAUAGACUCCCAUUAUAAACUUUGGAGGUUUAUAACUCGGCAAGCUUUCGAACUAUCUACACCAAACUCGGCCAGCUCCUUUAGGGUGAUACUCUGAACAAACUUUUAAAUUGGUGUACCGACUGGCCUUUCGGUUGUCCCGCAGCCCCGCCCCAAUAUAUGCAAAAUCAAAAAACUUUUUACAACAUGGACAUGUGACAUAUCAAAACACUCAGAACAAUGAGGGGAACUUGCUCAGGAGUAUUCGGAUGAUGUCACAUGCUCGUCUCCACUUACCUCCAAAUGUUUUGGCACCCUAGCUUUCUGUCUACUUGCUUCCAAAAGUAACACUGACCCUUAUGUCCACUCGCCUCCAAAAAGCCAACAUCAAAGUUUGUUGCGACAAACUUUACAAAUCUAGUUAAGUACUUAAGCACAUCUUCAUUUUGCAUUCAACACAUUAACAGAUUAAAGGUAUCACCAAAAGCCGAAGAUUUGGAAAUUUAAGAAAGGGGAAAAAUAGUUUAGUCUGGGAACGAAGAAAGAUAUGGUUACAUUAGAGAUAUGGUUACAUUAAAGUCUGUGUUUUUUGUGGGUUUUUUGUUUUGUUUUGUUUUUUUUCUCAAUCAUUAUGCAUCAUUUGCUCAUUUUGUCAGAGUUUAUGGCUCUGGAUAUUUUGCCUCCUAGAGAAGUAACUUUUUUUUUUGUUUUUAAACCUUCAGAUCAGUUCCAGUACCAUUAUUAGUUAAACAUCAUGACACAGUUAAUUGCAAGUUAAACACUGUAUGAUCUAUAAAUCUAAGCAGAAAAUGUGUGACUUUUUAUUAGGUUUAAAAAAAACAAAAAAAACACCAAGGCUGAUCUGGACUCCAGUGCGACUCAGUAAGACUCUUGUAACAGACUUUGUUCUCCUCGAACUGUUUACAGGUGAAAAAAACUUUUCAAACUUUUAGUCAAGACCAAGAUUAUAUUUUAGCGAGACCGAUGCUGGGUCCAAACACAAAUGCCAAAAAAGUCAAUGCAGAAAUCGCUGUCUGAUAUCAGCUGUAAAAACAAAUCCAUCCCAGGUCUUGCAGUAAAUUGAUAGAUCACUGAUUCGUAGCAGACAAUGAACAAUAUUUAAAUACCAAGCAAGAAUACAUCAUUUCAAAGAAAGAGGAAUUUGGAAGGUGUUUUUUAAAAAAAAAUAAAACUCCCCAUGUUUACUUGGUAGUGUAGAUCACAUUGCGAUGACGUUGACGUUAUUAUUUCUUUUCACACUGAACAGCGUCGUAGCCUUAGUGUAAAAUGUGUAGCAUUUUUUCGCGGGGGGGGGGGGGGGGCGCAACUUUAACGCUGUAAGAAUGUAAACGGUCUUCCACAUGAGUGUGUGAGUGGGUGUGUGCUAGUGUGUACGCUGUGAGACACACCGAGAGAAACACAGCAACAAAAAAACAACUAAGAUAAGCUUCGUUUGCCUUCAUUUUCCCGUAAACUUUUUUAUGCAUGAUCAAACUCGAUAUUUUACACAAGCACAACACUUGUGUAUAUAUCAGCGUGUAUAUCAGCGUCAUGAGUUUUAUUUAAGAGACGUCGUGUUGGAUUGGGACGCAGCCCAGUCUCCUGUAGUUUCUAAGGAUUUUCAAUGUAUUUUUUUUUUUUUUUUUUUAAAUUUUAGGAAUAGUCUCUUUGUGUGUAUCAGUAAGUAAGUCAAGUGAAGGUCACGAACCUUUCGGUUCACUCGUUAAACGCUCGUUGUGUUUCGCCUACGAUGCAGAUACGCCGACUACGUGGCCUCGUCCCAGUCGAAUAAGGCACGCACGCCUGACUCCUGUUAUACCGCUGGAGUUUCUGUAAUAAAAGCGACGCCGUCCGUGAUCAGUUUGGUCGGCUUUGUCCCAAACCGCAAUCCACCCUACUCACUUUGUCCCUUCUCAGCUUCCAGGGAAAUUCGUCAGGUGCUGAUAUUAAGUGGUUUCUAUUACAGAACGUGAGACACGUUUUUUUUUUCUCGGGUGCUAUCUACCCAGGCAGCGUCCUUCUAAACGGAACGCCGGGGGACAUGACGUUAUUAUUAAACAUCCAUGAUCCAGUGCAGUGUGUGCUCAACAUCCUGCAGUACGUCGUAUAGUAUAACCGAAUUAUCGCUCUAUACCUAGUUUAGACACUUCAUUCUGGGGAUUUUAGGACCUGUCCUGCGGUCUGUAUAGAUGCGAGUGCUCUCAUGAUUACAUUUCCAAGAUUCUGUAAUGGACUAGUCAAAAAUGACCGUGUGUUCCUGAGUCAUAUUUCGUCUGAUCCCUACUUAAUAAAAAUAAUGCAUGGCCAUGACGACUUAAGUCCAGGUUAACACUUAACACAGAGAAUGAGAUCAGUCAGUGAGUGUAGCCACAAUUUAACACGUGAGAACGAGAUAAUUGCAUCUGAGCACUGCUUAGCCACAUAAGCAAAUGAGAUAAUAAAGUAACUGAAGCCACGACUCAAGAUAUUCAAGUGUGGCCAUAUAAUGUGUAAACGAGAUAAUUGUGGUCUCGACUUGACAACAGAAGACGAUGUGAGAAUAAUUAGUAACACGAGCAAACGAGAUAAUUAAGGUGGUGAAGCCAUGACUCUGUAACGCAACAGAACAGGAUCAAUAUGUGUAGAAGUAACGAGAGAAAACGAGAUAAUUAAGUUGCGGCUAUACCUAAUUAUCUUGUUCUCCCAUGUUAAAUGUUGUACUAAGAUGAGAAAAUGAGAUAAUUGUGGCCAAGGCUGACAAUGCGAGAAGUAAACGUGGACAUUACUUAAUAAUGUGAGCAAACGAGUUAAUUAAGUGAAGUGAAGUGACUUGCGUAACAUGAGAAAAUGAGAUAAUUAUGUCUGUAACAUGAGAAAAUGAGAUAAUUAUGUCUGUAACAUGAGAAAUUGAGAAUUAAGUCUGGCUGUAACACGAGAAAACAAGAUAAUUAAGCGUGGCCAGGACUUACCAGUGUGAGAUGAGAUAAUUCUGGCUACAAUUCUGUAACGCAACCCAAGAUAAGAACUCCACAACUCACAAAACAAUGAACGUCUCGCUUCUGUCAUUUCCAAUAACGAGAUAAAUUAGAUGUUGUGGUAAUGCUAAUGUUUAUUGUUCAUUAAUAUAAAAACCAUGUAGUAAUGUAUAAUAUCAAUAAUAAUUAUCAUCCUCAUCAUUUUCAGCCCUAGUAAAGUGAUGAUUAUGAGGUUGUAGCCACGUGUUAUUAUUUUAAACAGCUAUGUCACAAGCAAUGGUCUUUCAACUUUUUGUAAAUAAUAAAAGAAAAUACUAAUAAUUUCAGCCCUAUUCCAGUUUUUCCCUAAUUGUUGAGAUGCACCAGCAGGUUAACAUAAAAAAACAUUUAGAACAUUAUAAGUUUGACCCAGGAGCAGACUCGAUUAUUUUUUCCCCUACUUUUAACUUUUAAGGCUCUAAAAGAUGUGUGUUAAUAACAGGAUCGUUACAUCACACAGCGUGAACAAGGCCAUGAGUGAGAUUAGAACAUCUGGGCUAAAUGGGACACGACCCAGAGACAUCAAGUGUACUUGAUUCCUCAUUAAUACACUACAACUCCAUCACGUGCUCACACGCAUGAUCUCAGAUCCCGUAACAGUGUUCAGAUGUUCAUUUUAUAUUUAUAUCAUCGUGGGGUAUUUACUGAUUGAGGGGGGGAACAAAUUGGUUCUGUGAACCAUGACUGUAUGUGCAGAAUAAAAAAAAAAAACAAAUUGAAUGA